AUGGACCCCGACGUCGCCUUCCACCUCGAGAUCACCGCGGUGGUCGCCGUGGCGUUGAUCAUCGUCGCCGUCGCCUCCCGCAGCGCCUGCGAAGGAGCUGCCGACGUCGCGGCCGGCACUACGGGGCGCGCCGCGGUGCACGCCACGGACGUCGAGAGCGCCCUCGGCGACGUCACGCUCAUGACGUACGAGCAGGCGGCCACCGGGAAGGUGAAGGAGGAGGAGCGCUGCGCCAUGUGCCUGUCGGAGUACGGCGAGGACGGCGAGCUGGUGCGGGUGGUGUCGGCGUGCGGGCACUUCUUCCACGCGAGGUGCGACGUCGACAGGUGGCUCCGGAAGAGCCGGACGUGCCCGCUCUGCCGCGGCGGGCUCUGGCCGCAGCCGCUGCCGGGGUUGCCACAGCCGGAAUGCCCGCCGAUGCCACCGCACUAG